AUGGCCUGCGAUACCUCCACUAGUACACCGCCUGAUACCUCAAUAAGCUCCCAAAAUGGCCUUCCUACAGGCAGCUUCCUCCUCGACCCUAUCCGCCAGAUCUGUAUAUCACACCUACACCUCACAUCCAUCCAAACCGCGAAGCCCAACAAUCCAACAACAUGUAUGAGCCUCCUCAACCUCGAUGUGAACAAAUACCCGUUCAACGACCCCGACAAGCUUUGUAUUCCGACGACACGCGAGUUCCACUCUGCCAACGAUGCAGUUGUGGUGGCAACUUUCAAGGCCUUUGGGAAGUUGGACAAGGAAAAGUACGAGGAGGGGUGGGAUGCUGUUAUAAGUUGCGCGGGCGUUUUGAUGGACCUGCGUGCUAGGGAUGUUUAUUUGCGGGAGAUUUUGCCUACGAUUCAAAGUGAGGGUACCGAUGGAUGGAAGAAGACUUGUGACGAGUGGAUUCUGAAAGCUAAGACAGGAGCUCAGUAA